AUAUUAUUUAUUCUGCGUACGACACACACUGACAAGUGAGAGAAGGGUUGGAAAGUUCGGAGACUUUUCACCAGGGAAGCUAGAAAGGCUGUAUAUUCACCAAACAACCAGUGAAACGUUCGACACGACAGUUUUACUUUGAGCGUCCACAUUCUUUGGUCUGCAUUUGUCUUCGUUUUUCGACCGAAAUUAAGUUAACGAUGAGCUUCCUAUUUGGCAGUCGCUCAUCUAAGACCUUCAAGCCGAAGAAGAACAUCCCAGAGGGCUCCCACCAAUACGAGCUGUUGAAGCAUGCAGAGGCAACGCUGGGGAGUGGGAACCUGAGGCAGGCUGUCAUGCUGCCAGAGGGGGAAGAUCUCAAUGAGUGGAUUGCUGUUAACACUGUGGACUUCUUCAAUCAGAUCAACAUGCUCUACGGCACCAUUACUGAGUUCUGCACUGAGACCAGCUGCUCUGUGAUGUCUGCAGGGCCUAGGUAUGAAUACCACUGGGCUGAUGGCACCAACAUCAAAAAGCCCAUCAAGUGCUCUGCUCCUAAGUACAUAGACUACCUGAUGACCUGGGUGCAGGAUCAGCUGGAUGAUGAGACACUCUUCCCCUCCAAGAUAGGAGUGCCCUUUCCCAAGAACUUCAUGUCUGUGGCCAAGACUAUUCUGAAGCGCCUGUUCAGAGUCUAUGCCCACAUCUACCACCAGCAUUUUGACUCUGUGAUGCAGCUGCAGGAGGAGGCCCACCUAAACACCUCCUUCAAACACUUCAUCUUCUUUGUCCAGGAGUUCAACCUCAUUGAUCGGCGUGAGCUGGCCCCCCUGCAGGACCUCAUUGAAAAACUGGGCUCCAAGGACAGAUAAACGCCUUCCUCUCUCGCUCUCGCCUUUCUGGCUUUCUGUAACUUUUUCACUUUGUGCAUUUUUAUUCCCCCUCUUUCUCCCUACAUUCAUUACCUGUAUAUUUCCUAUUCUAGUUUUUUUUGCUCUCUCCCUCUAGUUGUCUGACAUUGUUUCAGAGCUUGUUUUGUUAAAGGUCACUCUAGUCUUUAAGGUAAGAUACCAGGGUGUAGUAUAUUAAAGGUAUUUUUAUAAUUGGGACCUACUGACCUGUACUGUGGACCAAUAUGUUUUAGGAGUUUAAAUGGAAACCAGCAAUUCUUUCCUAUAAUAUUUGGGUCAGUUUAUAGUAUAUUAAUAUCCUAAACAGUUUUACAAGCACAUUUUAAAAACUUUAACAAUCACAUUUUCAGUUGGGGUUUUAGUCAAUGUACUUAAAUACUGUUUUUUGGGAUCUUGUAUCUGAAACGUUUUUGUAUUUUAGAUUAAGGUGAACGAAGUUGCAAAAGACAGGGGAUAUUGAUCAAUAAAUAUUUGCAGUGACACUUUUGAUAUACUUGUGAAUCUUCCAUAGUUCAUAAACAAUCAGUGAUCAUAUUUCUAUGCUCGACCUGACUAUUUAGGUGUUAUACGGUAUUUUAAGAGAACGCGAUCAAAGUAUCAGAGAGGACAUUUAGAAAAAUUAAAUAUAGUAUAAUGUGAAUAUUUUGAUCUUACUCAUUCUCAUUUCACUCAAAUAGCACAUGUGCCUCAGUUAUGUUUUUACUAUGUCAAAUUCCUUGGAUGCCUUUGUCCUUCAUGCUGGUAUUUAAUUGUAAUAUCAGUAUCAAGUCAAUCCUUGUUUUAUUGUUUAUUAAACAUACCUUUACUCAAGCAUGCAAAAUGCAAUAUUAGCAAUAGUGCUCGCACCAAUACAUGACACGGGUGAGUGUAUGUGAUAUUUGUCAUUUUUUUCAUGUUUAACAUGUUUUGUGUUAUUUGUCUUAUCUGAGUGUGUGACAUGUUAACUCACCCUUGUCAUUGUGUUCAAUCCAGGCACAGUGCUAAAGCAGCAGGGCUGUUUGUUGUGCCACCUUGACACAUUAAAUUUUGAUCCCAUUCCAUCCAAAUUCCUUGCCACAAAUUGAAUGUUAUUUAUAAAGAAAAAAGCUAUUAGUAUUUACCCUCUUCCUGAUUUGGACUGAGUGUAAAGGUCUAUGUGCUACUCCAUUUGAUACCUUAGACAUGCUCCGGAACUUUGGCGACUACUAAGUAUUUUUUUUAAACCUCCCACUUUGGGCAGGAUGUGUUAAUGUGUAGUUCAUACAUGCAUAAUCUAUGAGCAGAAUUACCUCAAUUAGCCACGAAAUCCCUAGUUUGAAAACGACUUUUCUGGAAUCAGUGCUGUGCUAUUUUCCCCCAAGUGGGCCAGCCCCCUAGCAAUUUGAGUUCAACCAAUGAGCUUCAGCCCUUUGCCGUAUGAGUGAUAGCUAGCAAGAGGCACAUCAUGCACACACAGCAAAGUGAGAGGGAGCAAUGACGUGUUGUGCAUACUACGUCAAGUAUGUCAUUUUGGGGGACCACUUUUGGCUCGUUAGUGCUACUUUCAGAACUACUGGAUAAAAAGUAUAGAAAAGUACUGGAGAAUCUCUAACUAAUUUCAGACAAUUUCGGCCAAUGUAAAUACGUUUUUACACAGCUUAUCUCUCAUUUGGCCCCCUGGUUGGAAAAUACAUCCUUGUAAAAGUAUGAUCUACUAGCCAACACAUGGUAUUAAGCAAGUGUGAGAUUGGUGUGUCUUUACAAAUCUCCAGCAUGUUUGUAAUAUUCAUAAUCUUUCCUAAUAUGUGCUUAUGUUUGAUCUGUCUGGAUAAAGUUACCUGAUAUACUGCCAGUAUGUGUACUUAUAGGUUUUAUUACAUUCAACAUUGAUUUUGAAUGUGGUGUUACAUUCCCCAUAGGCAAUGCGAUGUUGGGAAUAAGACAAUACACACACUGUAUGUUUCUGGAAUAUAUUAAGUGUAGUUUUUAUUUUUUUAUUUUUUUGGAAAAAGAUGGCUACUUUUUAUUUACACAUUACAUUUUUUGGGUCUACCUUUUUUUCUCCCAGAUAUCCAAUGAAAACAGUUUGUAAAGCCAUAGAUUUGGAGUUACAUUUAAUCUUAUUUUUUGAUAUUGCUGUUAAAUUAACUAACUUUGGUUAAGGAAUUUUAAAAAGGGUAUGACUUUUUAUAUAUUUUGGAGGUAAUUUGUGGCCAAUGUGAUUUAUGUUACAACUGUGAGUCCAAUACUCUGCUGUAAAUAGGGUAAUUUACAGCACAUUAUCUUAACAAAACUGUGCCUUUAGAAAAUAUUGUCUGAAUUUACAGUAUUCACAGCGGAAUAGCUUAAUAAACAUUAAAAUGACUUUGUGGA